GUGAUCCACUUCAGAACUUCCCCACGUUCUCGCCAAGGCUCCGCUACCAAGUCUUACGGUAAGCUGUAGACUGGGGGUUGAGCGGGGGCUUAUUUACGGGUGCAGGGGAGAGUUCUCGUUUGAUGCAUAUUACCCAGUAUACGGCCCUUGUAUAUGACCCUGUACAUGUCAUGACCGGUCCCGGGGAUCCGCUAUUCUGGAUUCUUCUUUUCCCACGACGGAUAUAAAUAUAUUUCUUGUUUACGCCAGAUAUUUCGAUCUUGGACAUCCAGCCAUCUCCCUUUCAUACUGCCAUAACUAUCGCGAGAGAUAGAAGCACAAGGCCUGGCACUCGAAGCGAAGCGAGAGAACAGCCCAUUCAUUCCAAGAAAGAAAAUGAAACUCCUCGCAGCCCUCUCAGCGCUGCUCACGCUCACCCAUGCUGCGUCCCGCACCGAGCCUCCAGCCGGCGCCCUCGUCGUCGGCGGCUCAGGCUCCUACUCCAAGAUCCAGGACGCAGUGAAUGCCCUCAGCACAACCUCCACGACGGCGCAGUCCAUCUUCAUAAACCCAGGCACGUACAAGGAGCAAGUGUACAUUCCGGCACGCAAAGCGGCGCUCACCAUCUACGGCUACACGAGCAACACGGCGGCCUACUCCUCCAACCAGGUCACCAUCACGCAGGGCAAGAGCCAGGAUGACUCUGCGAACAACGACCUGACGGCAACGGUCCGCGCGUGGAGUACGAAUUUCAAGAUGUACAAUAUCAACAUGGUCAAUACCAGGGGCAAGGGCAGCCAAGCACUUGCUAUCUCCGCACAGGCGGACAAACAGGGGUACUAUGCGUGCCAGUUCAAGGGAUUCCAGGAUACGGUGUUGAGUCAGACGGGCGCGCAAGUCUUUGCAAAGAGCUACAUCGAGGGCGCGACGGACUUCAUCUUCGGGCAACACGCCAGCACAUGGUUCGACGGCGUCACGAUCGGUGUGUUGUCUGCUUCAGUUGGGUACAUCACUGCCUCUGGACGUUCGAGCUCCUCGGAUGCCAACUACUACGUCAUCAAUAAGAGCACGGUGCAGGCGGCGAGUGGAAACACUGUGACGGCGGGUGCGUACUAUCUCGGCCGGCCGUGGGGCAAUUACGCGCGGGUGGUCUUCCAAAACACAGCGCUGAGUGCGGUUAUCAAUAGCGCUGGGUGGAAGAUUUGGAAUACUGGCGACGAGAGAACGGAUCAUGUUACGUUUGCGGAGUAUGGUAAUACGGGCGCCGGAGCGUCUGGAACAAGAGCGAGUUUCUCGAGUAAACUCAGUGCUCCGGUAGCGAUUACAACGAUCUUGGGAAGUGGUUACACGAGCUGGGUUGAUACAAGCUAUCUGUCCUAAGCGCCUGGAGAGUACGGAAGUUAUCAGUCAGAUUGAGGAAGGGUUUCGAUUCUGUUGCCUGUCAGGGGUGAAUUCUGUAUAUAUCAUGCUAUCUCGGCUCCUUGAGCAUGGCAUUGUUCAUAUCGAGGAGAAAUCCUUUCGUGUUCGUGGGGGUAUAUACAGAGCCUAUGUAGGCU